UCAAGCAGACGGUCCGAUUGGUGGCAUUGCUGAUUCAUCAACAGCCAGCGGAGAAACAUUUCAAGUUGAAAAAUGAAAGAUCACAUUCUACUUUUAGCACCUCAAAUGAUUGAAAUCAAAUCGAUGGUUGUGUUGCAAUGGUUGCCUUUUUGACUGUGGUGCCCAUUUUUUUUCCCAGUGAUGUCAGUAAGACCCUCCUCCAAGACGACCCCUCUUCCACGCUUCCAGCAGUUUGUCUUGCUUUUUCUUUGAAGUGGAUCGCGGUCAGCCUCCUCCCAGGUGAAGCGCUUGCAGAUGAUGGUGGAGCAAUUCGUGUUUCGUGCAUCAGGAGCGGUCAAGUUGACAAAGAAGGAAUUUUCGCUCCAAAGAGCCCACGCAUGCAGAUCAAAACAAAUUUGCUCGUAGCUUGUGGCGCCUUCCAGUUCUCUCAAGGAACUCCAACCCAGAAUGGAAGCGGCUGGCCGGCCACUGUCCCCUCGGUGAGGAAUGCGACUCUGGAGAUGCGAGUCGGACGAGAGUCGGCCCUAAAAGAAUGUGAAGCGAGAAAAAAAGACAUUUGAACCGAUCCUGCAGGUGUGUUUCUCGAUGACGGGACCAAAUUGUAUCAGUUUGAAAAGUGCAGUUGUUUGUUUGCCUUCAAACUACAUCUUAUAAGGCAAGUGAUCGCUUGCACAGUGAUGGUGAGCAUCCCGGCCGGCUCCUAAUCAUCGUCUUUGAUGUUUUAUGGCGGAGUCUUUUGACAAAGUCUGCGGCGGGUGACGGAAGCACCUUUCUCGGACGCUCCACAAGGAGCCAAGCUGUGACGGUGUCAGCCCGAUUGGCGGUCACAUGCUUUCGGCCGGCAAAUGCAAAUGCAAAUGCACAAAAGGGCCGAGUGUGCGCCAAAACCUCAGCAUCUUUCUCCACGGAUGCGGCGCAUUUGUCAAUGAAGGGCUCCUAUUUUGGACACUGCGCACAUGACGCUCUCCCCACUCACUCAUCUGACGCCGCCGGCAGGAAGGCCAGUGCGGAUGCUCCCAGCCUUCUUUUGUUCCUUCCUUGCUUCCUUCCUUGCUUCCUUCCUUUUCACCCUCAAGAAAGAAAAGCAAAUUCCAGGAGCCACGAGACUCUCCACGACGAACGGGAACCUGAUUUUGGUGAGAUGGUGUUCUCCAACCUGGCUCUCUGCCAUACUCCUCCCUCCGCCAUUACAUUUCUGGUGCCAGGUGCAAGCGUGUAAACAGAAGAGCGAGGAGCAAGGAGGGAGGAAAUUGUCGUUAGCCAAAUGAGAUGGGCCCUUUGACAUUCACACAACAGAGCAGGUGAUCCAAGAUCCGCGUCCAAAGUGUGUGACGCACAGCAAAUGGCUCCCGCGGGCAAGUUCCACCGCCAAUAACAGAAAGAUGCUUCCUUCGUCCAACGCAAACCGUCGAAAACCAACAGAGCGCCAUUGUGGCAGCUCGCGUGAGAUGUGCCGUAAAAUAUGGUGCUCUUUCAGAAAUCAGCGGAAACAGAGGAAGGCUCAGUGGAGUCAGGCCCGGCCGAGGUGUGGAUGGAUCUCAUGCACCUCGAAUGAACGCAAUGGAAAGAGGCGAGGAAUAGCCGUGAAACCAGAAGACAUGGCGGAUGUCUCGAGCAGCCUUUCAAACCUUGCAGUGCAGUCUUCCAGCCAGCAGGGGGAAGAGGGAGCCCUAUCCAGUGUUAAUUAGCAAAUAAGGUUAUUUAAGGAGGUGGCGCACAGGUGUAAUUCUCGAUCGCUAACGAGCCGCCGUCGCCAUGUUGCUGCCUUUUGCUGCGCUUCUCUGCUGGGCCACCCUUCCGCAUGCGGGCCGUUGCGUGCCGUUGCCGCUCCAGGACGAAGGUACUCUUGGCAUGUUAGCAUGCUUGGUGGAUGAAGAUGUGAUGGAAGGUGACAUGCUCGUUUCAUAUGACCGUAAUGCAGUGGACAGACGGUGGCCUUCCACACGCAUCCCAUACACCAUCGAUUACACCCUGAGCUACCGCUCCGACGACAUCAAGACUGCCCUGAACAUGAUCUCGCGCCACACCUGCUUGAUCUUUCGACAGCGCACUAACGAGCCUGACUACAUCUUCUUCAAAGCCGCCGUUGGGUGCGCCUCGUACGUGGGCUUUAUGGGCGGCCAGCAGGAACUGCACGUGGGCAUAACUUGCACUGUGGGCAACAUCGUCCACGAGGUCCUCCACGCUCUGGGCUUCUACCACGAGCACACCAGGAUGGACCGGGACAAAUACAUCACCAUCGUGCCUGAUAACAUCAUGCGAGGACAUCGGAGAAACUUCUUUAUACAAAGGGGACAAACUUUCCAGCUCCCGUAUGACCUGCCCUCCAUCAUGCACUACGGCAGCACUUUCUUCUCAAGUAACGGGGAGCCCACCAUCGUGGCCAAGGUGCAGAACAGCAACAUGGGCCAGCGCUUUACCAUGACGGCCACCGACAUCCAGAGGGUUCGUCUCCACUACAAAUGCGACCAAGUGCGCAAGGUGGCGAAACUGUACUGGUGGGAACCUGAAGUCACGCCUGAGCCAGUCUACAAUGUGCACAUAUUUGACAUCAAAGGCCUCCCCCACAAUGCCACACAAUCGCCGCUGGGGGGUGCCAGAAACGAUAGCUCAACAGACUCUGGUGUUUAAAUAAAAUGCGCGAUUUGUCAUCACUUUAA